AUGCCCGCGCUGAGCCUCAGAUCCUGUGACGACACGACCCAGCUGGCUACGCCGUUCUUCAGCGUAAAGCUGCAAGCAAUACUCGACGAGCACACGCUCGCGACAAUGUCCAUGUACGACUACUCCCAAGGCGCAAUCCUCUCUCCAAUCCGACGCGCACGUUCUUCCCCACCCGUCCCAUGCUUGGCAUCACCCUUGAUGGGUCCACACUGCAUGCGUUUACUUUCCCCAGUACUGUGCAUGACACUAUUUCUAACAGAAGUAGUGACCCUCCACUCUCCUCUCAGCCGAGUCUGUCCGCCUUCCACUUCACCUUCACCUUUCGAGCCGGAACGUCCUAGAGAUACACCUUGCAAUCGACGACUCAACACGGUUUCGUCUACAGUCCAAAUCAACUCGUUCAACACUCCGGAUCUCAACCUGCAUACACCACUCACACUCACUGUACACCAUCACUGCAUAGCCUCAAUCUCCAAAACCUGCUCGACCUUGCAAUUCAACUCGCAGGGACUGAGCAACGACCAAGGCAUGAAGAAUGAGGCAGAGGCUGCUAGUGGUGCAGGGAUUGGGACUGUAGAAAUAAUAUAA